AUGGACUGUAACUGCGUGUCCGACCUGCUCCUCACCUCCCCGGUGCCGGCGCUCUGGACCCCAGGCUUCGCCUUCCCGGACUGGGCGUACAAGCCGGAGUCGAGCCCGGGCUCGCGGCAGAUCCAGCUGUGGCACUUCAUCCUGGAGCUGCUGCAGAAGGAGGAGUACCAGAACGUCAUCGCCUGGCAGGGCGACUACGGCGAGUUCGUCAUCAAGGACCCCGACGAGGUGGCCCGGCUCUGGGGCAUCCGCAAGUGCAAGCCCCACAUGAACUACGACAAGCUGAGCCGGGCGCUGAGGUACUACUACAACAAGCGGAUCCUGCACAAGACCAAGGGGAAGCGCUUCACCUACAAGUUCAACUUCAGCAAGGUGGUGCUGGUCAACUACCCGCUGCUCGAGGUGGGCGGCAGCUCGCCCUUCCUGCUGGCGCAGACCCCCUUCGCUGGCGGCGGCGGGCCCGGCCCCGACUGCGCCCCCCUCACCCCCGAGACCCUGCAGUCGCUCUUCUCCAGCCCGCGCCUGGCCGAGCCGCCGAGCCGCUCGCCGCUGUACGAGCGGCAGCCCGAGGCCGAGAAGCUGCGCCUGGACGCGGCGCUGCCCUUCCUGGGCUCAGGUGUCUCCGGCUACUCCAAGGCGCCGGCGCUGCUGGGGCCCUACGGCCGCGCGGGGCCCUUCCCCGAGUACCCGUGGGGCUGGGGCCCCUACGUGCCGGGGGCGCUGCCCCUCGGCGGCUCCAAGCUGCCCGCCGCCCUCUACUCGCCGCACUUCUACCCGGGGCUGGCGCAGCUGCCGCCGCCGCCCGCCGCGCUGCCGCCGCCGCCGCCCGCGGGGCCCGAGCGCGCCGCCGCCCCGCGCCCCGCGCCGCCGCCGGGGCCCGGACCGGGGCCGGGGCCGGGGCCGGGGCCGGGGCCGGGGCCCGGGCAGGGGGCCCCGCCGGAGCCCGGCGCGGCGCCCGGCGGCCCCGCCGCGGAGCCCGCCUCGGACUCGGAGCUGGAGAUCACGGACGGGAGCGGCAGCAGCUCGGAGAACGAGGCCGGCAGCCCCCCGCCGCCGCCGCCCGCCCGCGGGCGCCCCAAGGGCCCGGCCCGCAGCUGA